AGGAACCGUGCACACGUCGAACGCCACCGGGUAUAGAAGUGUAUAAUCAAGAGAAGAGAUCCUCAGUUCCGCCCACGGUAUCGAAAUCCAGCGUUGACCUUCUUGUUGCUCCUUCCAUCUUUUUUUUUUAGAUACAAUUCGUUUGUUUCUCUCUCUACCCUGUAUUUUAAAUCUUCAAGGUGGCAGCGCAGUUCCCACUGUUUUGUGGAGCCAUAUUUGCUAUUGGGGACCUAGAGCCGAGACACAGUCUCACAACCCGCCAUGCCCUCCGAUCGCGAUACCGCUGGGGAGACCUUCGACAACACCUACCACAACACCACCCUCGUCGGCAACUGGUAUGAAGAUCGCCUGCUGCGCAGCGAACAGCCGCAGCGGAGCCAAAAUGGCCGCCACAUCAGCAAAGCCGCGUGCGAAGAUGGCUUGCUUGAAGACCUCCGCAUCACCCAAGCACGCAAUGCGCCGCAGGUGCGGCAGGACUUGAUGCACACGACGUACGACGUCGACUACAACCGCACGGCUGUCGGCGUCGAUGCAGAGGACACGGUCAGCAGCAGCAAGGCACCGGUGCCGCUGCUUGGCCUGCUCCCUGGCACCUCCACACGUGGGGCGGCGUGCAGUAUUGAUCAUGGCAGUCCUAGUGGGAGGGAGGGCGUGGAUCGCGCGCUGCUCUUCUCCCAGGAUCCUGUGGCGGACCCGCUCGCGGAGCUGCCGCUGUCCACCAACACGGACACCUACGGUGCCUUCUUCUUCCUCCAAGACGGCAGCGGAGGUGCGGAAGGGGACGGCGAAGGCGAUGCCAAGAUGUCGACGGACAACACACAAGCCGGCCAGACGCGCAGCCGCCGCCAGCGGAACGACGAGUACUGCCUGUAUGACAGCGUCACCAACGCGAAGACGCGUCUAGCCACCGGUGGCGGCGGCGGCGGUGCGGGGGCGAGUGUCGGUGGUAAAAGCCUCUCCACAAAGUCGGUACAAAACCGCGGUGCCACGUCAGCGGCCGCCGCCGCAGCAUCGACGUCGUCCGCCAUUCAAAGACGCACCUUCGGCUUCACGUCUCUCGCGGCUCCGGCAGCGGAGGCGUCGGGGGGCGACACGGCGGUCCGCACCACUACCACCACCGUGGCGAGCGGUAGAGGCAUGCAGAGCCGCAGCGGCAAACAAAAGGGCGGCAGGAACGAUACGGACGAGGAUGACGUUCGGUGGUGUACGUCAAAGCAGGCCGCGGAUAUUCCAGUGGAGCACUGUGUGUUUCAGCGCCGUCUGCCUCCUGUGUGGAUGUAA